AUGAGAACGUGGACGGUCGACGAGUGGAAAGCGUUCCAUUUUGCAGCCACCCCAGAUGAGUCCCUCAGAGCACUCCAUGAACUAUUGGCUUCUCAGAAAACAGCACCUGAAGACCCAGCUUGGAUCUCUCUAGUUACCAAGGACGACUUGGACCACCAAUGGAGCUUCUUGCAGUCCCAUUCGAAAAAACACUUGCUCCCGCUCUACGGCGUGCCCGUGGCCGUUAAAGAUAACAUCGAUACCCGUCUUUUGCCUACAACAGCAGCUUGCCCUUCGUUUUCUUAUGUUCCUGAAGAGGAUGCCACAACAGUGCUGCUUUUGCGUAAUGCGGGCGCCAUCAUCAUCGGAAAGACGAACUUGGACCAGUUUGCUACGGGCUUGGUGGGCACUAGGUCUCCAUACGGUGCUACUCCCAAUACGUUUAAUGAGGAGUACGUUUCUGGAGGCUCCUCAGCUGGCUCGGCUUCGGUAGUCGCUCGUGGAAUCGUCCCCAUAGCUUUGGGCACAGAUACCGCUGGUUCAGGUAGAGUGCCUGCUGCAUUGAACAACUUGAUAGGGUUGAAACCUACAAAAGGAGUGUUUUCUGCUCACGGCGUUGUGCCUGCUUGCAAAUCAUUAGACUGUGUGUCUGUGUUUGCCAUGAAUUUGCAGGAUGCACAGCUAGCGUUCAACAUCCUUGCUCAAGAAGAUAGCCAAAAAGACGCUUACUCGAGAAAGAUGCCACAGAACCCAAAGGUGUCGUUCGGCGCUGCUCCCAAGGUAGGUGUGCCUACGAGACUAGAGUGGUGUGGCGAAACAGAGAACCCUAAACUAUAUGAAAAAGCAGUCUCGACUAUCGAGAAAGCUGGCUCUACGUUGCACCCAGUGGAUAUUCAACCCUUGCUUGACUUGGCCAAAUACUUGUAUGAGGGUGCCUGGGUCGCUGAGAGAUACUGGGCAACUAAAGACUUCCUUGCCACAAAACCUCCAGCUGAAGAUUUGGAUCCAACGGUUCUCUCUAUCGUCAAGGGGGGCGAACACUUGUCUGCCAGCACUGCGUUCGAGUACGAGUACAAGAGACAAGCUGUUAUUCAAAAAAUUGCCCCAAUGCUCGAGGAAAUUGACGUUAUCGUCGUUCCAACAGCUCCUUUGACGCCCAAGAUCGCUGAUGUUCAGGCUGAACCUAUCAAAAUCAACUCCUGUCAGGGGACAUAUACCAACUUUGUCAACCUAGCCGACUUGAGUGCUCUUUCCGUGCCAGCUGGCUUCAGAACCAGUGAUGGAGUCCCAUUUGGGGUGACAUUUCUUUCCCAAAAAUUCAAUGACUAUGCUCUUUUGGACUUUGCCGCUCGGUACAUGAAAGUCUAUUCCUCUGAGAUACCCAGAUUCUACGGAUGCCUAAAAUCAAAGCAAGAGAAGACCGCUACGGUUAACGACUUGCUUCAUCAUCGUAAAGAGUUGCCCAACAAGGUUUUGAAAAACACGGUCAAAUUGGCAGUAGUCGGUGCCCACUUGAAAGGUUUCCAGCUACACUGGCAAUUGCAAAAAGUCAGCGCUGCAUUCGUUGAGCUGACAACCACUUUCGAGUGCUACAGGUUAUAUGCUUUGCCAAAGACAGGCCCUGUGGCCAAACCUGGUUUGCGAAGAGUGUCUAAGAAUGGUAAGAAAAUUGCCCUUGAGGUUUACGAAGUUCCCGCAGAAAACUUUGGUCAAUUUAUCGCAUUUGUACCUGAGCCUUUGGGAAUUGGCUCGGUAGAGCUCGCUUCUGGUGAAUGGAUCAAGUCCUUCAUCUGUGAAGAAGCUGGCUACUUGGCGCCAGGUACGACCGAUAUCACAGAAUAUGGAGGAUGGAAGAACUACCACCAAGCAUUGGAAGCCGAGGCUAAGAGAUCACAGAAACCUUUCAAUUCUGUUCUCGUCGCCAACAGAGGAGAGAUUGCGGUGAGAAUUAUGAAGACCUUAAAAAAAAUGAAGAUCAGGGCAAUUGCCGUGUACUCUGAUCCUGACAAGUAUGCUGAGCACGUUGUGAUGGCCGAUCAGGCGAUCCCACUUCACGGUUCAUCAGCAGCUGAGACUUACAUCAACAUGGACAAAAUAUUUGCUGCCGCCAAAGAAACCGGCGCUGAAGCCAUCAUUCCUGGUUACGGGUUCUUAUCUGAAAAUGCCGACUUCGCAGACAGGUGUGUCAAGGAGGGUAUUGUCUUUGUGGGUCCCUCUGCAGAUGCUAUCAGAAAGCUUGGUCUUAAACAUUCAGCAAGGGAGAUUGCAGAGAAGGCAGGCGUUCCGUUGGUUCCCGGGUCUGGGUUGGUCACUGAUCCCAAACAAGCUCGUGAGAUUGCUGCAAAGCUUGAAUAUCCAGUCAUGGUGAAAUCUACCGCAGGCGGUGGUGGUAUUGGAUUGCAAAAAGUGGACACUGAAGAAGAUAUCGAGAGAGUGUUCCAGACAGUGCAACAUCAAGGACAAUCGUAUUUCGGUGACGCUGGCGUAUUCCUAGAGAGAUUUGUUGAGAACGCCAGACACGUAGAGAUCCAGAUGGUUGGUGACGGCUACGGCAAGGCGCUUGCCAUUGGCGAGAGAGAUUGUUCUUUGCAACGCAGAAACCAGAAGAUCAUCGAAGAAACUCCAGCUCCCAAUUUGCCGGAGGCUACAAGACAGAAAAUGAGAAGAGCUGCCGAAUCGUUAGGUUCUCUUUUGAACUACAAGUGUGCUGGUACUGUUGAGUACAUUUACGACGAGAAGAGAGACGAGUUUUACUUUUUGGAGGUCAAUGCUCGUUUGCAAGUUGAGCAUCCGAUCACUGAAAUGGUGACCGGCUUAGAUUUGGUUGAGUGGAUGUUGUUGAUUGCAGCCGAUACUCCUCCAGACUUUUCUCAACUAAUUAAGAUAAGUGGUGCGUCUAUGGAAGCUAGGCUCUACGCCGAAAACCCAGUAAAGGGUUUCGUGCCUUCACCCGGCCAGUUGACUGAGGUCAAGUUUCCAUCCUUUGCACGUGUGGAUACUUGGGUACAAAAAGGCACUGUUGUUUCUGGCGAGUACGAUCCCACUUUAGCCAAAAUAAUUGUUCAUGGAGAGAACAGAGACGAGGCUUUACAGAAGUUGCGCUGGGCUCUUAAUGAAACAUCCGUCUGUGGUUGCAUCACCAACAUCGACUACUUGCGUUCAAUUGCCAACUCCCAAAUGUUUGAAACAGCCAAAGUAGCCACCAAAGUGCUCGAUUCGUACGACUACUGUCCGACAGCCAUGGAAAUUCUUGCUCCAGGUGCUUACACCACUGUUCAGGACUACCCUGGCAGAAAGGGCUAUUGGCACAUUGGUGUGCCUCCUUCUGGAUGCAUGGACGAGUACGCAUUUCGUAUGGCUAACCGUGCAGUUGGAAACGAUUCAGCCUCUCCUGGGUUGGAGAUGACUCUCACUGGGCCAAAGAUUUUGUUUCAUCACAGCGCUAUUAUAGCUGUAACUGGUGGUGACGCCGCCAUCACAGUCAAUGAAGUGCCGGUUGAGAUGUGGAAGCCUCUUGAGCUUAGAAAGGGAGAUGUCUUGACAGUUGGGAAAUUGGCUACUGGCUGCAGAGCCUACUUGGCUAUUCGUGGCGGAAUUGAUGUCAAUGAGUACUUGGGCUCUCGUUCUACUUUUGCUUUGGGUAACUUGGGAGGGUACAAUGGGCGUACUUUGCGUUAUGGUGAUGUCUUGUUCUUAGGUCAGCCAGAAUUGCCAUCAUGCUCUUUACCUAUGCCUAUAAGCGCUCCUGCUGAAAUUCCAAGGCAAUUGAUACCUUCCUACGACUUUAACAGGGACAAUGCAUGGGAAGUGGGCGUAACCUGCGGUCCCCACGGGUCUCCAGAUUUCUUCACUAAGGAAGCCGUGCAAGACUUCUUUUCCAGCGAGUGGAAGGUUCAUUACAAUUCCAACAGAUUCGGUGUUCGUCUCAUUGGCCCCAAACCUAAAUGGGCCAGAAAGGACGGCGGUGAAGCUGGUUUGCAUCCUUCGAAUGCACACGACUACGUUUAUUCUCUUGGUGCUAUCAACUUCACAGGAGACGAGCCAGUCAUUUUGACUUGCGAUGGUCCUUCUCUUGGAGGUUUUGUUUGUGAAGCCGUAGUUGCAGAAGCCGAGAUGUGGAAGAUCGGACAAGUGAAGCCAGGCGACCUGAUCAGAUUCGUUCCUCUUUCCUACGACACCGCUAAGACCAUGAAGAAGAUCCAGGACGAUGUUGUGGAAACAUUGCUGGGAUGCAUCCCAUCAUUUGCGGGUAAGCAGCUCAGUUCCCCUGAAAACCCAAUCUUGGCCUCCAUUCCAGCUACCAACUCUUGCCCCAAGAUUGUCUACCGCCAGGCAGGAGAUAGAUACAUCUUGGUGGAGUACGGCGAGAACAACAUGGACUUCAAUUUGUCAUAUAGAAUCCACAAGUUGAUUGAGAUGGUGGGUGAGCUUGACGUCAGAGGAGUUGUGGAGAUGUCUCGGGGUGUGAGAUCUGUGUUGAUUGAGUACAACGAGAAAAUCAGUCAGAACGACUUGGUCAGAACAUUGCUUGCAAUAGAGAAGGAAAUUGUGUUUACCAACAAGUGGAAAGUUCCCUCUCGGGUGAUCAAGUUACCCAUGGCAUUCGAGGACGAGAAAACAUUGGACGCUGUGAAGAGAUACUCAGAAACAAUCAGGUCAGAAGCCCCCUGGUUACCCAACAAUGUUGACUUUAUAGCCUCGAUCAACGGUAUCGAAAGGUCGUCUGUCAGAGAUAUGUUAUACACUGCCAGGUACAUGGUAUUGGGACUUGGAGAUGUUUUCUUGGGCGCCCCUUGUGCCGUGCCCUUGGAUCCAAGACACAGAUUACUCGGAACCAAGUAUAACCCCUCGAGAACGCAUACUCCAAAUGGGUGUGUUGGAAUUGGUGGCUCUUACAUGUGUAUCUACACCAUGGACUCUCCAGGAGGAUACCAGCUUGUUGGUCGAACAGUGCCAAUCUGGGACAAGUUGACAUUGGGUGCACACUCCAGCAGGCCUUGGUUGUUGAAUCCAUUCGACCAAGUUGAAUUUUACCCCGUUUCAGAGGAAGAAGUGAACCGUCUCACCGAGGAAAUGGAGGCAGGCAAGUUCCCUGUGGAGAUUGUGGAUACUACAUUCGACCAUGAGCAGUACAUGAGAUGGAUUCAGGAGAAUUCUCAAUCAAUUGAGGAGUUCCACAAAACACAAGGAGGAGAAAAAAUGGAGGAAUUCAGCCGGUUGAUUCAAGUGUCAAAUGCCGAGCUCGAAGCUGGAAAAGGUGGACCUCAAAUAAGCGAGGAGGACAAGUUCAGCGAGAACGCAGAAAUGGUGUAUUCUGAAUACUCUGGCCGCUUUUGGAAAUCCUUAGUCGCUGUUGGAGAUGCAGUGAAGAAGGGACAGGCUCUCAUUGUCGUGGAAGCGAUGAAAACAGAAAUGAUGGUGGUUGCAACACGAGCAGGUAAAGUGGCCAAGAUCAUGCAUACGAAUGGUGCUAUGGUUGAUGCUGGUGAUCUUGUUGUUGUGAUUGAAUGA